GUAUUGUGAUUGUACGCUUUAAGUUGUGUAUUUGUGUUUUUUUGUAUAAUUCAAGAGUUUACAAUUAAAAGCGCAUACAAAAUGACAGAUGUAGAAGAUAUUAUACAUUACAUUAAAUCAUUAAGAAAGGGUUUUGAUAAAGACUUGUUUCAAAGUAAAAUCGAUGAACUUGCUUAUAUUGUGGAAAAUGAAGGCUUGGAGUGUAACGAUUUCCAUACAUUAUUCAAAGUUUGGUUAAAUUUAUCAAUACCAAUAACGAAAUGGACAAGUCUUGGAGCAUGUUUGGUCCCCAAAGACAAGAUCGGCAAACCUACCAUUGACUAUGCAAUUCGUUGGAUUCUUGCUAAAUAUGAUAAUCAAUCAAACUUUUCAAAUAUAAGCUUUUUACUUGACUGGUUAACAGCUGCAAUGGACUGCAAUUCUAUUGAAUUAGAUUUACUUAAUAUUGGAUAUGAAGUCUUUUACUCAACCCUGACAUAUGAAACUUUGGCACCUCAUUCAGUUAAAUUGGUAUACAAUUUAACUAAACCAGGUGAUGUUAGCAGACGAAGAGUUGUUGAACUUUUAGACUGUGCAAAGAAAAGAGAAGCAAAAAAGAACUUAUACCGUCAGAUUCAAGUUCUCUUGGGGUUGUUCAAAUCGUACAGACCUGAAUGUGUCCCUGAAGACAUACCAUCUAUAUCCAUACAUACAUCUUUCAGGAAGAUCAAUGCAAACCUUUUGAAUCUAUUCACAAUAACUCAGAGAAAAAGAAAUUCAUUGUUUGAUACUAAACAAUACUUGUUGUGGACUAAUCCAUUGAAUUGUGACUCUGGAAGGAAUAAGAAAGACCCAUUAAUACCAAACAUGGAGUUCUUAAAGCUUGGCUCAAUGCAGUAUGCUGAACAAGAACAGAAAACAUAUCUGGAUUUUUCUAGCCCGGUGUCGGUGGUGAAGCACGGCGUGCGCGCGCGCUGCCGGCGGCCGGCGCGGCUGCGCGCGCUGCUCUGCAACGACACGGGCGCGGCCCUGCUGGCACUCGCCGCUGAUGAUGAACAGGCAUUCUUCUCGCACGACCUGCAUCAUCUGCUCAACCAUUGUUUCUUUGACAAAUCAGCAUACAGCUACGAGGAGAAGCGAUACUUGCUGCACCGGCUGGCGACAUUCCAGCGCACUGUGCUGCAAGGCAUUCCAGUCGUGACGAGAUUCCUCGCACAGUUUUUAGCUUUCUGGAACGAAACUGACUUCUUUGGUGAGAUAAUGGAUUUAGUGGAAUGGUUGAGUGUGGAUAGUUAUGAGUAUAUAGAAUCAAUAAUAAAUUCACUCACAAAGAUAUACUGCAGAGCAAAUUCAAUGGACCAGUGUGUUAUACUCAAGAGUUUGUCCGCUAUGUAUGCUAAUUUGGUACACAGCAGUGUGAGAGAUUGCAGACUAUUUAUGAGUUCAAACUCACCUCGGAUUGACUACUCACAAAUUUUACGCGGCGUCGCGAGAUUGUUAACACAGUUGUAUAACAAAGGAUUACAGAUAAACCCAGGCAGCACGCUAGCUGUGAGCAGCUGCGCGUGCGCGGCGGCGCGCUUGGCGCCCGCCGCCGCCGCGCUCGAACGCAGCGCGAACCUAAUACUUACGUACAGGAAGAUAUUCUCAAAAAUAAAGAACAAAAAUAACAACGGUGUAAAAAAUACCCAUGAUUUUGAACAUCGACAGACGCUAAAGGCGUAUACAAACGACAUAAUAUCGUGUCUAUACCAAGAAAACUUCCUCAGCGGUCGAGAGCAGGGCCUCGUGUUCAGCAAACUGAACAAACAGACGGUCGAAAUGCUGAACAAAGCUGUACCCAAUGCUGAAUCCAAGUUAAGUCUACGUAAUCACUUAGCGUUCGCGCCAUACACUUAUGUGCAAGUUGAAGGUUCCCAAGCAGAGGCUGCGGAUAACUCGAUGUGGUUCAAAUACGCUAUUGAUAAACAGUUCCCCAGUUUGAGUAAAUUGUUGAUUAUGACUACACCACAAUUGCUUACUUAGGUUAAACUCCGUAAAAGUUAAGAAUUUUAAUUGUAGUGUGUAGGAGGCCUAAUAUUAUCCCCAUCCCUUCCUAUAACGCUUAGAAAGGGUAUAAUAACCACUUUCUGCGUGUCCCCUACAUUGAUUAAAAAUAGACAACGCAUCUGCGUUGAUGUCUAUGGGUCGCUUCGCUGUUUCGGCGAAUGCCGGUGGCCUAAUUUAGUUUUGUAAAACAUAAGAAUUAAUAGUAAGGGACCAUUAACGUAGUUUUUAAUGAUUUAAAGACCUAGGAAGUACAAAAUAUUUCUAGAUAAUAACAUUAUGUAUUUAAUUGCAUUUAUACCACCAAUGUAGUAAAGACACAUAAAAUUGAGAAAAUAUAUUUUAUUUUGAUAACAUUUUGUAGCUAUCUGCCUGUGGUUCAAUAAUACUCUUUCCAAUAUUAAAGGCCUGUCCCACAACUAGCUGAUAGAGGCUCAGAUAGCUUAAAAAUGUCACUGUCAGAUGAGGUAACAAAAA